AUGCGGUACGGCUGCUUAUGCAAGCGGGGUGGUGGAAGAAGUGAUGAAGCAUCAAAUGAAAUAUCGAAAAUUCCGUUAUCUAAUGAUACGAUUCGAAGAAGAAUUAUUGAUAUGUCAAUGGAUAUAGAAGAAAAUGUAAAUAAAAAUCUUAUAAAUACAAAUUUUGCACUACAAAUUGACGAGUCCACAGAUAUUAGUGGAAUUUGUACUGAUGGAGCACCUUCUAUGGUUGGAUCUGUUAAAGGUUUUAUUACAUUUGCAAAACAAAUUAAUAUAAAUAUAAUUCAUAUUCAUUCCUUCUUACAUCGUGAGGCACUUAUUGCUAAGACGUUACCACAAGAAUUAAAAGCUGUACUAGAUCAAACUAUAACCAUGGUUAAUUAUUGA